UUUCCAUUUUCUCAAGCUAAAGCCUAAACACGUGACCUGGUCCAGGCUAACUGUGUAAUGUAAUUAUAGCUUCGGGGGGGAAAUUAGCUAUCAGAGCAGAAAGCUGCUUCCUCCCCCUGGAGAGUAAAUCUUUCCAAUCCGGCCAUUAAUCUGGAUCCUCUCCCCUCCGCCUAGUAGCAAAUGCCAGCAUGUCCCUAUAGCUCUAGGAGCAAUGACAUCACCCAGCCUCCUCGAUGCGAAGAGACAAAGGCGAGAGGCAGCUGCAGAAGGAGGCUGCUGCUACUGCGGCUGCUGCAGAGAUCGCCACGGAGACCCAGCACCGCUGCUCCAUCCCCUCCUGGCCCGCCGCUGAGCUGAGCGCGCCGGCUGGCUCCAAGCAGCCCUUGCCCAUGCAGACUGCCCCGGCGAGCGGCGGGGGGAAAGGGAGCAGCAGGCAACGCGCAGCAUGCACUGGGGUGUUGGUUUUGCCUCCUCCAGGUCCUGUGUGGUUGAGCUGAGCCGGAAUCAGAGCCUCACCCUCGGCUGGUGUGCAGGGUCCGAAGAGCACUUCUCCUUUUAUGGGGACAUCAUCGCUUUCCCUUGGCAGGAUUACGGUGGGAUCAUGGCAGGGCUGGGUUCUGAUUCGUGGUGGAAGAAAACCCUUUAUUUGACUGGGGGAGCCCUGCUCGCUGCCGCGGCGUAUCUGCUACAUGAACUCCUGGCAAUUAGGAAAGAGCAAGAGGUUGAUUCCAAAGAUGCUAUUAUACUGCAUCAAUUUUCAAGACCUAACAAUGGUGUUCCCAGUUUAUCUCCUUUUUGUUUGAAAAUGGAAACUUAUUUAAGGAUGGCUGAUUUACCCUACCAGAACUAUUUUGAUGGAAAACUUUCCCCUCAAGGGAAAAUGCCCUGGAUUGAAUACAAUCGCAAAAAAGUAUCUGGCACUGAGUUCAUUAUUGACUUUUUGGAAGAGAAACUCGGAGUGAAUUUAAAUAAAAACCUUGGUCCACAUGAAAGAGCUGUUUCCAGAGCAGUGACAAAAAUGGUGGAGGAGCACUUCUAUUGGACAUUAGCUUAUUGCCAGUGGGUGGACAAUCUCCACGAGACCCAGAAGAUGCUUUCAUGCCGUGGCCCCUUUAGUGACCUGCUGAAGUGGAUUCUGUGCCAUCUAACAAAAGGAAUUGUGAAACGAGAAAUGUACGGCCAUGGCAUCGGCCGCUUCUCGGAGGAAGAGAUAUACCAGCUGAUGGAGAAAGACAUGCGGUCACUAGCAGGUCUCUUGGGUGACAAGAAGUACAUCAUGGGACCAAAGCUUUCCACUCUCGAUGCCACUGUCUUUGGGCACCUGGCUCAAGCAAUGUGGACAUUACCAGGGACUAGACCUGAGAGACUAAUCAAAGGUGAACUGAUUAACCUUGCUAUGUACUGUGAAAGAAUAAGGAGGAAAUUCUGGCCAGAGUGGCACCAGGACGACGAUAACACCUUGUACGAAUCUGAGGAAAGUAGUGAAGCUAGCAAGACUCACACCCCAUUGCAGGACUUCAGCUUUUAUUCAAGGACAGAAACAUUUGAUGAGGAGGGGACAGAGAACAGUAUUUCCCAAACCCCUGACACGGAUUAUACUGGACACUCUCUCUUUGAUUCUGAUGUGGACAUGGAUGACUAUACUGAUCACGCACAAUGCAAGUGAUGUAUCCAAGCACUUCUCCAUUUGUGUCAGAAAUGCCACUUCUUGGGACCAGUCCAACUUUCCCACGUUCAUGCCAGUGUGGAAGAGAUCAUUGUGCUUGACACAUUUCACAUGCUACCUGGACUAUUUCACCCUUAUUUAAUUUUGUAAAUCCAUUCAGAUGGAGCCUAGGUUAAACAAUUAGAACAAAAAUAGGCAAACAAGAGAUCCAUAGGGUAGAAGGAUCUUAGGCCUACAUAUUGCUCCCACUGAAAACAGAUUCCAAAAUAAUGUGAGUAAACCUACCACAGGUGGAGCAGAGAGGUCACGAGAGCUGCUUACUGUCGAGUUUCUCAUCUUCACAGUGGGGGGUUGACAGAAAGGGAAAAGGGUUUAUUGGAAUUCCCCUCUCCCUCCUUGGUAAGUAGUGAUUGCAUUGUAUUAAUGCAACAGGAUGCCAGGGCAACUUUACUCAAGAGCUUCUUGCACUCUGAGUGUGUACGCUACGCAUGAGUGUGUAUAGGAGAGGAGUAGGGGUUUGGUCUCCAGUGCUUUCACAGAUUGUCCAUCAAUAAAGGCAAGAAGAAAAUGUGCUCAUGCAAAAAGCAACAUUUUAUAAUUCCUAUUCUGUACAAUAGCUUGAAAUCUUUCAGUUUUAUAACUUUUUUUUAGUUGAAAGGAAGACUUCAAAGUAUU